ACCAUCAAUGCAAGAAAAGAAAAAAAUAAAUAAAAAAAAUCCCGAAAAAAAGAGGAAGAAGAACAAGAAGAGGGAGAUCUGCACUUGCAACUCUCGAAUUUCACAAUUCCUGCUCCUCCGAUUCUCUCCCACCAGAUCGGACGCGCUUUCUUGUCCUGAAUUUUAGGGUUUCUCAUCCUUCUCUUCCAAUUCUCAUUCCAUCCGUUUUCGAAUUGUUCAUCCAUCUUUGUUCUGUUCUCGCUUUGGCCGCCGGAAGGUUUCGUUUUUUUGGGUGCAUGUCCGGUUCUGGCCUCUCGAUCUUUUUUUUUUUUAGCGAUUGGUUAGUGGGCGCGGUUGCCGGAGUUUUGGCUCUCGGUCGCUGAUUCGCCGUUGAGGAGCCGGUUUUGCGGAGUUUUGGUGGUGGGCGGCGGCGGCGGGGUUGUUUUGGGGAAGUGGGGAUUGGGCGUUGAUUUUGAAUGUGCUUCGUUAGGGUUGCUGGAUUCGUCGGUUUCGGAUGGCUUCUGCGCAGGUGCUGCCGAGUUCGCGUAAGCAAGAGCAUCUGGAAGCUGGCAAGCGCCGGCUAGAAGAAUUCCGCAAGAAAAAGGCUGCAGAUCGAGCGAAAAAGGCCGCUAGUAACCAAAUUAAUGCUUCUGAUGGUGGCCCUAAUGAGAAAAAAUCACUGGAUGCUGAAGUUGGGCGACUUGCAGAUUCUGACGCUGUUAGAUCGUUUAAUGUACCUGGUGGAGUCGAUAAUCAACCUUUUGCUGCAGAGAAUAAUGAUGAUGUAAAAGCAUUUCAGUUUUCCCAGAGAAGCAGGGAAAAUUCUGUUAGUGACGUUCAUUCCUUACCAGAGUUUCCAGUGGGUGUAAAUGAUGCAUUCUCUAAGUAUCCAGCACAGACAAUGGGAGAAUACCAAGAACGUGAGGGCUAUGGAGGCUUGGCGUCUAAUGGACCGAUUGGCUAUAGCUACGGCCAAGAGAAUAAUCACAUGAAAAGUGAUUAUCGAAUGUAUGCUGCAACUUCUGGGUUUACAUCUGACCAGUCUGAUGCUUUAUCCACACAAGCCAGUCAGGAGAUUGGUCGCAGUUCUGGCCGCUCUAGUUUCCACGGGAAGGAAGAAUCUCUGAUGAAAGAAAAUAGUGGGAGUUCAAAUGACUUAUUAUUUUCAAAUCUUGGUUCUUCUGUUGUAGAAAAUUUCUCUCCCCAGAAUUCAGGCAGCUUUAUUUCACCAAAUUAUCCCAGUGAUGCCAACAUAUUGCCUGGUGCACACACAAGUUCAAUAUACAAUGAAGACUCUGUGCAACCAGCUACCAACACAAUAAGGUCUCCUGCUGGGAGUGGGUUGAGAAUGUUUGAUACGGCACACUUCAACGGUUCUCAGAUAUCUGAUUUUCAAGAAAGGAAGCUUGGUAGCAUCUUUGACAAGUUGCCUAGUACACAAAGUGCAACUUCUCAGAUAUCUGGCUAUUCUUCAUCUGAUUUGAAUUUUGAUUUUAAUAGUUCCUUGAACAAUAUUCCUCUAUAUUCGACAGUUAGUGAAUCACAUCCACGAAGAUCACGCCCGUCGUUUCUUGAUUCUCUUAAUGUAACUAGAUCUUCACCAUCACUUCCUUCCAAAAACGUUGAACCAGAGGAGCCUGUCGCAAUUAAUAGCUUGAAUUUUAGCAGCAUUGAUGCUGGAAACUCAAACCCUUUCCGUCAUACAAAUGAUGGGAAUGUAGGGCCGUUCUCCAAACCGGGAGCAUCACAUGGACCUGAUAUACCCAUGCAUUCCAUUAGUCCUUCACCUUUUGUAUUUAAUUCAGAAAGCCAUGCUGGUGAGCAAAGCAUCGAGAGCAAACCUGAGUUCUAUACCUCUAAACAGAAUGAAGAUUUUGCUGCAUUGGAACAGCACAUUGAAGAUUUGACGCAAGAAAAAUUUUCCUUGCAACGAGCUCUUGAGGCUUCAAGGGCUUUGGCAGAGUCCUUAGCAGCCGACAAUUCUUCUUUGUCAGACAGUUAUAACCAACAGAGAAGUGUUGUCAACCAACUGAAAGAUGAUAUGCAAAAUUUACAGGAGGAGAUUAAUGCACGACUGGUGGAGCUUGAGGCUAUCAAACAUGAAUAUACCAAUGCACAAUUAGAAUGUAAUGCAGCUGAUGAACGGGCCAAACUAUUGGCUUCUGAAGUUAUUGGCUUAGAAGAGAAGGCUCUCAGGUUGAGGUCCAGUGAGUUAAAGCUGGAAAGGCAAUUGGAAAAUUUACAAGCAGAAAUUUCUACCUACAAAAAGAAAGUAUCUAGCCUAGAAAAAGAUCGUCAGGACCUCCAGUCCACUGUUAGUGCUCUUCAAGAAGAAAAGAAGCUGUUGCAGUCAAAGUUACGGAAAGCUUCAGCUGGUAAGGUUUCUGGUGAUUUAAGCAAGAGCAUUGCCAGUAGAAAAGAUAUAUCCACUUCAACUGAUGACCUUGAUGUUAUCUCGGAAAGUCCCAUCCAGCAUAUGGAACAUGACAGGUCUCUCUCUGGCUAUGAUACAUCUAGUUCCCUGUUGCUGUCUGAAGAUGUUGAGUUAAAUAUCGAAGCUUCAUCUGUAUAUAUACCUGCUGAUCAGAUGAGAAUGAUCAUAAAUAUCAAUACAGUAAUAUCAGAGUUAGCAUUAGAGAAAGAAGAGUUACUGAAGGCAUUGGCGUCUGAAACAUCUGAAAAUACCAAACUGAAGGCCUUGAAUGAAGAGUUGUCCCGCAAACUGGAAAUCCAGACUCAGAGAUUGGAACUUUUGACUGCUCAGAGCAUGGUCCAUGACAAUCUGACAAUAACCAAACUACCUGAUUCCCACGAUGUGCAAGAGAAUACUGCAUAUGCAGAUGAGGGUGAUGAGGUUGUCGAGAGGGUAUUGGGAUGGAUAAUGAAGCUUUUCCCUGGAGGGCCUUCAAGAAGAAGAACCAGCAAACUCCUUUGAUACCUGGAUUGGAGGAUCCCUUUUGAUGACGAAGCUGCAGGAACCCGAGCGGUGUCUCUCUUUUGGUGAUUCAUCACAGGCCAUUAUCUGUAUAUCCGAGUCGAUAAUACAGUCCAUUCUUUGUGACAUGAGGGAAAAAUUGAGCAAAAGGCCUUCCAAAUAGCUAGGCCAAUUCGGUUUUCAUCUAUUUUUUUAAAAUUUUAUUCUUUUUUUGUUUUUUAAAUUUGGACAUAGGUCAAGAGAGAAAUUCUUUCUUUGCUCUGUUGGGAUAUCAAAAUUUUGGUGAGAGAAGCAUUGGGCAUGGAAACAUUGAACGGGGAUAUGGAGUCAAAACUGGGAAAUAAUGUGUAUCACCUGUUGUCUUAUAGUACAGUCUGCAGCCCAUUUUUGUUGUAUGUGGGUUGUAGCUUUGGGGUCAAAA